CUGGCCACCCUCGACAGCUGCGCCGCCAGCGUGCUCGCGUUCGCCGCGGCCAUGGGCGUCGGCGCCGACUGCUGGGUGCGCAGGGAUUUGCCGCUGAUUGACUCGUUGCUUGAGGAGUAUUUCGAGAUGCUCUUCCUGGACGGCGGCAGCAAGGGCAAGGGCGCCCUGUCUGGCUGGGGGAAGCUCGGACCAGACGUCACCUCCGAGCCGCUCUCCUGGGCGGCCGCCGCGCUGAUGGCUCAGUACCUGGCCGGGCUCGGGACUGAGGCGGGCUUGCAGGCUGCCCGCGGCCUCGCCGUGCAGUUCGACACCUACCUGCGCCCUGGCGAGCUGCUGGAUCUCCUGGUGCCGUGCUGCCUCCUCCCGCAGCCGAGCGCCUGUUCAGGCUGCAGCAAGAUGGGCCUGGUCGUCGGGGCCUCCGCGGUGGUCAUGGGCGACGCCACGAGCGCGCGCGUCACCAAGACCGGCCUCCAGGACGACACCGUCCUCAUCGACGGUCAGUCUCGCGCUGGCGUGGCGGGCGCCUUCGUCGCCCUCGUCCACGCCGCCCAGAAGGCCCGCCAAGGCUGGGUCAUGUUCCUGCACGCCCACGCCAGCUACAAUCGGGCCCUGAAGCAAGCGGCGGCCGCUGUUGGGGUGCCCAAUAAGGUCACCUCUCACCUUCCUCGGCAUGGCGGGCCUUCUGAGGAUUAUCUGCGUGGUGCUCGCACUUUGCCCGACAUCCAGGCCCGCGGAAGAUGGGCCAGCGCUCGGUCCGUCCAGAGGUGCCAGAAAAGCGGCCGUGCCCUCGCCUCCUUCAGGCGACUCCCGGCCGCGGUGAAGGCAGAGGCCAAGCGAGCGGAGGCCGAGCAAUUGUCGUUCCCCCUCUGGGUCCAGUCGUGUUGGCUGCUCGCCAAUGCCUCGUGCCUGUCAGUAUCUUCCGGCUGGCCACUGGAGUUGUUAUGGGAAUUUUGACUCCAGCGUUACGGGUUCUUGAAUUCAGGUCUGGCCAGACGUCCUGUUUUCACGAGCUCGCCGGCCGAGAGGGCCGGCAGGCUCCACGAGAAGAAUGCUCUGUCGACCGCCAUCGCAAGUGUUCUCGGGUUGUGGGCCUGAGCUCGGCGCGUGA